AUGACAGACGAAACUGUUCAACCGACACAAUCUGCUCCAAGGCAGGAAUCUGCUGCUCUGAAACAGACAGGCGAUGAUCUACAGGAGUCUCAACAACAACAACAGCGUGGCUACAACAACUACAACAAUGGCAGCAACUAUACUCAAAAGAAGCCUUACAACAGCAACAGACCUCAUCAGCAAAGAGGCGGUAAGUUUGGACCAAAUAGAUAUAACAGCCGUGGCAACUAUAAUGGUGGCGGUAGUUUUAGAGGUGGACACAUGGGGGCCAACGGCUCAAACGUACCAUGGACUGGUUACUACAAUAACUACCCUGUUUACUAUCAGCCACAGCAAAUGGCGGCCGCUAGUGGUGCCCCUGCCAAUGCUAUUCCUGUUGAAGAGAAGUCUCCUGUUCCAUCUAAAAUAGAAAUCACUACCAAGUCUGGUGAACAUCUAGAUUUAAAAGAACAGCAUAAGGCCAAGCUACAGUCUCAGGAAAGAUCUGCCAUGUCUCCACAACUGGACUCAAAGUCAGAGGAAACUUCUGAUUCUACUCCUACUCCGACUCCUACCCCUUCCACCAAUGAUUCUAAAGCCAGUUCUGAAGAAAAUAUAUCUGAAGCUGAGAAGACGAGAAGAAAUUUCAUCGAACAAGUCAAACUUCGUAAAGCAGCUUUAGAAAAGAAGAGAAAGGAGCAACUUGAAGGUGCUAGUGGCAACAAUAAUAUUCCAACGAAAACUGCCCCAGAAAAGGUGGAAGAAAAGGGAUCAGACAAACCUGAGGUAACUGAAGAAACCAAAUCUGCUGAAGAAAAAUCUGCUGAAUCAGAAAAUAAGCAAGAUACUCCACUUAAAGAAGGCGAACAAGAAGAAAAAGGACAAGUAAAGGAAGAAUCCACUCCAAAGGUGUUGACUUUUGCUGAACGUUUGAAGUUGAAGAAACAACAAAAAGAACGAGAAGAAAAGACGGAGGAGAAGGAAGAUAAGGAAGUGCCGGUACAGGAGGAGACAAAGGGCACCACAGAGUUCGCUCCUGUGCCUCCCACUGAACAAGAUAAAGAAGAAACUGAAGUCACCGAAACCAAACAGCCAAAGGCUGAUGAAUCUGCCACAGCCCCGGCUAUUCCAGCAGAAUCUGAUGAUGCUGAAGUUGAGGCUGAAGCCGGUGAUGUCGGAGUAAAGGCUGAACUUGAAGCUGAAGACGAAACUGCAACUGAUGAAACUGAUGAUGGUACAAAUACCGUCUCUCACAUAUUGAAUGUAUUGAAAGAUGCUACACCAAUUGAAGAUGUCUUUUCUUUUAACUAUCCAGAAGGUAUUGAAGGCCCGGAUAUCAAAUACAAGAAAGAACAUGUCAAGUACACAUAUGGGCCAACUUUCUUGCUUCAAUUUAAGGAUAAAUUAAACGUUAAAGCGGAUGCCGAAUGGGUCCAAAGCACUUCUUCUAAAAUUGUUAUUCCGCCAGGAAUGGGUAGAGGAAAUAGAUCUAGAGAUUCUGGCAGAUUUGGAAAUAAUUCUAGUCGUGGCCAUGACUUCAGAAAUAGCUCAGUGAGAAAUAUGGAUGACAGAGCUAAUUCAAGGACCUCAUCAAAGAGAAGAUCAAAGAGAAUGAAUGAUGACAGGAGGUCGAAUAGAUCUUACACAUCGAGAAGAGACCGCGAGAGAGGUUCUUACAGAAAUGAAGAUAAGAGAGAGGAUGACAAACCAAAGGAAGAAGUUGCUCCACUUGUUCCAAGUGCUAAUAGAUGGAUUCCAAAAUCCAAGGCCAAAAAGACUGAAAAGAAAUUGGCCCCUGAUGGAAAGACUGAACUAUUGGACAAGGAUGAAGUUGAAAGAAAGAUGAAGUCACUGCUGAACAAACUUACUUUGGAAAUGUUCGAUGCUAUUUCAUCCGAAAUUUUAGCCAUUGCAAACAUAUCAGUAUGGGAAACAAACGGUGAAACGCUAAAGGCAGUAAUAGAGCAGAUUUUCUUAAAGGCCUGUGACGAACCUCAUUGGUCUUCUAUGUACGCCCAAUUAUGUGGUAAAGUUGUUAAAGAGUUAAACGCGGAUAUUUCAGAUGAAACUAAUGAAGGUAAGACUGGUCCAAAAUUGGUCUUGCAUUAUUUGGUCGCUAGAUGUCAUGCCGAAUUCGACAAGGGUUGGACCGAUAAAUUACCAACAAACGAAGAUGGUACACCAUUAGAACCUGAAAUGAUGUCUGAAGAGUAUUAUGCGGCUGCUUCCGCUAAGAGAAGAGGUCUAGGUUUAGUUCGUUUCAUCGGUUUCUUGUACCGUCUGAAUCUGUUAACUGGAAAGAUGAUGUUCGAAUGUUUCCGUAGAUUAAUGAAGGAUUUGACAGACUCCCCAUCUGAAGAAACUCUAGAGUCCGUUGUUGAACUGUUAAGUACCGUUGGUGAACAAUUUGAGACCGAUAGUUUCAGGACAGGUCAAGCUACAUUGGAAGGUUCACAAUUGCUCGAUAGCUUGUUCGGCAUUUUAGACAAUAUUAUCCAAACUGCCAAUAUUUCUAGUAGAAUCAAAUUCAAGUUGAUUGACAUUAAAGAAUUAAGGCACGAUAAGAACUGGAAUAGUGAUAAGAAGGACAACGGUCCUAAGACCAUUCAACAGAUUCAUGAAGAAGAAGAAAGACAACGUCAAUUGAAGAACAACUCUAGAUCUAACUCAAGACGUACGAACAACUCCAGUAAUAGACAUUCUUUCAGAAGGGACGCUCCUCCAGCAUCAAAAGAUAGCUUUAUUACAACCAGAACAUAUUCUCAAAGGAAUAGUCAAAGGGCUCCUCCUCCAAAAGAAGAACCAGCUGCACCAACUUCUACCGCAACAAAUAUGUUCAGUGCAUUAAUGGGUGAAAGUGAUGACGAAGAGUAA